GCCGCUCGGCUCAGCCGCGGCAGUAUUUUGGCGCCAAAAUUGCCGCCCAAAUUGAACCCUAUUUACAGGCCACUUGCUCUCCAUAAUUCAUCGCGCUUCAGUGAUUCAUUCACACAGAAGAGAGUUUCUUCUUGAUCUGACUCGAGAAUCAGCCAUGGUCGUUGCUCUGGGUCCAGGCAAAUUCUACGGGAGUAGCCUGCCGCGGCCCCGAUUCUACGCCGAUGUGAAGUUCAAUGAGGAGCGAGUCGACCCCCCUGUUACCGUCCUGGACCCGCUGAUGUCGUGGGCCGAGGAGGCUCACUGGUCGAUGGGCGGCCUCAGCUUCAAGCGCCUCCGCCUCCAAGGGCGCAUCGAAGGCCGCGUCGACAAGCUCCGCAAAGAGCGCGAGAAGAUCCAGAAGAAGCGAGCCGCAAGAGAUCAGAUCGGAGGUUCCGGCAAGGAUCUGGUUGAUGGCGACGAAGAAGAGAAGGAUCUGAGCCCCCCGCCGCCUCCCGCUCCAAUGGCAGUGAAGCGCAGGCGGUUUGUGGCGUUGAUUGAUGAGGAUGAGGACGAUGAUCUGGAUGAGCAGGCUGAUGAGGCGGUGGUCGGGAAGAGGGGCCCGGCAAGGAAGCUUGGCGACGAUUUUGAUCGGGUGGCGGAGGAGAGCGGGUUGGGCAAGAAGAGGGGAAGUCCGGCGAAGGUUUCCGAGGCGGUGGCGUCGCGGACUCGGGGCCGGAAGGCCUCCGAAGAGAGCGCUGAUUCGGGCACCAAGUUGAAGAGAGGUGCGAAAGGUAAAAGGGGCUCGGAGAAUGGGGAAUCAUCUCCGGCCGGUAGGACGAGGGCUUCGCCGAGGUUGGCCAAGCGAGGAUUGCGCUAGAAGUGUUCGACGAUUUGUCUCUGUGGAUAUAUGCUCUUGAAUACCCCCGUCUCCAGAUAGAUCCCUUAGGGCAGGUUUUAGUUCUUUUUUCAUUUCCCUUUUAUUUUAGUGUAAUUCAAUGUGUUUGUUAUUUCAAAUGCCAUUUGGAUGUUUGGUUUUAA